GAUCAAUAACGGCGACCGACUGAUCACUUCACAAUGACGGAAGCUUCAUGUGAUUUCCCGGUCCGCCUGAACGUAACGCAGAACCACCGCAUCGGUGAACUCUGACCCCAGAUUAAUGCCGCCAAAUACGAUCUACGGAAACGAAGCGGAAGUUGUCAUCAGAGCCAACAGCAGCUAGCGGUUUGCUAACAAAGAUCCGAUCAGCCGAGCAUCAGAAGAGCUGAUUAUCGAUUAAUAUCGACCAGGUAUUGGCGGGUGUGCUGUCGGAUCAGACGGUGUGAACACUUCCGGUUCGAGCUGCUGACGAUGUCAGAGGAACAGACGGUGUCUCUGGUCGAUGUUCUGGAGGAAGAUGAGGAGCUGGAGGAGGAAGCUUCAGCCGUGCUGGCAGGAAGUGACUCUGAUCACUGCUCCUACCCUCAGGGCUAUGUGAAGCGUCAGGCUCUGUACGCCUGCAGCACGUGCACUCCAAAGGGCGGAGAGGCAGCAGGAGUCUGUUUGGCCUGUUCAUACAAAUGUCACGAAGGUCACGACCUCUUCGAACUCUACACCAAGAGGAACUUCCGCUGUGACUGUGGAAACAAGAAGUUCACAGAGCUGCAGUGUAAACUGUUUCCUGAGAAGGAGGACGUCAACAGUCUGAACAAAUACAGUCAUAACUUCUUUGGAGUUUACUGCACCUGCAGCCGGCCUUACCCAGACCCAGACGACCAGGUAGAAGACGAGAUGAUUCAGUGUGUGGUGUGUGAGGACUGGCUUCAUGGCAGGCACCUGGGCUGCGUCGUUCCAGACUGUGUGGAGCUGCAGGAGAUGAUCUGUGAGUCCUGUAUGAACAAAAACCCUCUGCUCUGGACCUACGCUGCUCACCUCUCAGUUCCAGGUGUGGCGCAGGUGAAGGAGGAAUCAGCGGCAGAUGAGUCAAACGCCACCAUAGAAGAAAAGGGGGAUGAUGUCAUCGAACCGAGCUGUAAGCGGAGCCGCGAGGAGGCGGAGCCAAGCUGCAGAUUUAAGAAGCUGCAGGCGACGGGUCAGAAAAGAGUCCAAUCAGGCGCCGUGUUUUGGCCAUCAGCGUGGCGCUCCAAACUCUGCUCCUGCGACACCUGUAAGGAGAGUCUGUCUGCAGCCGGUCUGUCCUUCCUGUUGGACGAGUCGGACACCGUCCUCGCCUACGAGAACCAAGGAAAGAACAACGAGCAGAGACAGCAAGGACAUGACCCUCUGAUGUCAGCGCUGGACAACCUGAACCGAGUGCAGCAGCUCGAGAUCAUCCACGGAUACAACGACAUGAAAAGUGAACUGAAGGACUUUCUGCAGAGAUUUGCAGCAGAAGGAAAGGUGGUGACUCCUGAUGACAUCCGUCAGUUCUUCGAGCAGCAGCAGAGUCGAAAGAGACGGCGAGACGAUCCCGGACGCUUUUACUCAACCUGAUGACCUUUGACCUUUGUUGACCUCCUGACGGGGGUUGUCCUCCAUCUUUCACCUUGUUUUAGUUUUUAUCUGCAGUUUAUUUUGAAGCUGUCGAACUUCCUGUUUGUGUUGUUCCCUUUUUAAACUAAUAAAGUGGUUCAGCUGAGGAAUAAUA